GGACAAGCUGGGCUGAAUGAAAUCCGAUUAACUAAUAAACAAUUUUAUGCGAUUAAACAAUCCUCGAAUGGGACGAAAAUGCAAUUUCAAGUCAAAAUCUUUGUUAAAUGUUCAAUGAAACUCACGUGAGCUGGUUGUGAGUACUCCAACUUCAAAGCAGCAUAUCAGCCCUAUUAAAUAAGUCUAUCCAGGCAAGGGAAAAUGUAGUUUAAAACAAAAAUGUUGUUUUCGAUAGGGACAAUUCCGCUCAAUCCUAGCAUGGGGUUGAGAUAUGUUCACAUGCUAUUAAAACGGAAGAUUCUAAUAGCAAAAAUUCUACUGCAUCUGACUAAUCAGUGUGGAAAAUGAGAUGUGGCAAUAGAAUCCCAGGGACCCAUUUAAGGAAAAGUGUUUUAAAGCAGAAGGGAUGGGUUGCUGAAUGAGAUUGGUAUCUUAGAGAGUUUUAAUGGCUGCCAAGAAGAGAGUGAUAUACAAGACAUUUGUUUUGCCCCUCAUCAUUCUGAGCAUUGGAUCCAUUGCCCUCUUUUCUCAGCAUAAUGCUCUGCUCUGGCAAUCUCAAUGGAACAAAAGAGCAGUGGAGACUAGACUGGUACAUGCUAAGCUUCCAGGAUCUUUUAAGCGCGGUGAAGGAAUAGUCUGUGAUAGAUCUCAUUAUCGUACAGAUAUAUGCACUGUAUUUGGGCAUGUUCAAAUGCAUGCAAGUUCUGGUAUGUUUCUACUUGAUGCUCAGGACAAGCAUAAUGCUGGUAUAGAGGAAAAGAUCAGGCCUUAUACUCGAAAAUGGGAAAAGAGUGUUAUGGAUAUUGUGCAUGAGGUGACUCUGAAGAGUGUAAUGUUCCCAAAUAAUUCCAAUCUGGAGUGUGACUUUGUACACAAUGUGCCUGCCAUAGUUUUCACGACUGGAGGAUAUACAGGGAACCUGUAUCAUGAGUUCAACGAUGGGAUUAUACCGUUGUACAUAACAUCUCUACAUCUAGAGAAGGAAGUUGUGUUUGUUAUUGUUGACUGUCAUAACUGGUGGCUAACUAAGUAUGAUGAGAUUCUGAGACAGUUAACCCAAUAUAGGGUCAUAAACUUUGAAAAUGAAACAAAAGUGCACUGUUUUCCAGAGGUUACUGCUGGCUUGUUUAUCCACGAUGAACUAACAGUUGACCCCAUUUUAAUGUUCCAAAACAAAAGCAUACUUGACUUCAGAGCCUUCCUUAAUCGUGCUUAUACACCUCACUGGUUUGUUCCUGACAAUAUAACAGCAACAGACAAUAAGCCUCGCCUUGUAAUACUUGUUCGUAUGGGUAGCAGAAUGAUCUUGAAUUUGAAAGAGGUGGUUGAAUUGGCUGAGCAAAUUGGGUUUAAUGUCACAAUAUGGCAGCCGCUGCGAACAACUGAAUUGAAGACAACUUACAGGCUUCUCAACUCCAGUCAUGUGCUGCUUGGUGUUCAUGGUGCAGCAUUGACACAUUUUCUGUUCAUGCGUCCUGGAUCUGUGUUCAUUCAAGUCAUUCCGCUUGGGACUGAUUGGGCAUCUCAAACUUAUUUUGGUGACCCUGCAGAAAGAAUGGGUCUUCAUUACAUGGGCUAUAAGAUAAAUAUUGAAGAGAGUACUCUGAGCAGAAAAUAUGAUAGAAAUGAUUUAGUCUUGAAAAACCCAAAAGCAGUAGUCAAGAAAGGGUGGGAAGCAACUAAACAAAUAUACUUAGAAGACCAGGAUGUGAUUAUCAAUUUGUCUCGGAUGAAGAAGACUUUAAUUGAUGCAAAGAAGAAAGCAAAGAAACUCAUGAAUCAAUCGUAAGAAGGCCAUCCCAGUUACCAUUUUGGAUGAGAAUUGGAACAAACAAGCAGUUCCAGCUGCAGUUUCCAUGACAGCGGUUCUCAUAAUUCCACCAUUGGGAUUUCAUCUGUUUCUAAGUUAUAUUUGCAAUAUAUGCCAUCAAGCCCAUUCAUAAGAAUGUGAUGAUGUGCAAGCCUGAAAGAUUGAACAGAUGGCAAGCAGAUAGAAUUGAAGGAAGAACUGAUGCUUCAUGGAUGAUACCACAUUGGUAACUUAUUGAUAUUGCAGUUCUAUAUUUAACUUUAUUCAUUCCAAUUUUUGCCCACACUUGAUUUUCAUAGAAAAUUGGUGUGAUCCUUUUGAUAUAUUCUUCGAAUAGCAACAUUAAAGAAUCUUGUAAUAUUGAUUUUUGCUCUUGAAUGGCUUGGCAACUCAUGUUUGUGCUGAUCUCCAUUCUUCGUGAUGUAAAAUGGUGAAAUGACAACCUACGAUGGUCAAACAAUGAAAAAUGUGUUCUAAAAAGUGCUCAAACAUUCGAACCUUGUAGUUGCUGAGCAACAGAAAAAAAUCAAGAUUGUUUCUUUGAA